AUGGCGGAGUGGUCCUUCCUGUCUGAACUGUUGGACAAGGUGCAGUCACACUCUACUGUCGGGGGGAAGGUCUGGAUGAGUGUUCUUUUCCUCUUCAGAAUCUUCAUCUUAGCUGCCGGCGUUGAUAACAUAUGGGGAGACGAACAAGCAAAAAUGGACUGUAACACCAGAAGCCCUGGCUGCAGGAACGCCUGCUAUGACCGAUCCUUCCCUUUGUCUCACACGCGCUUCUGGGUCCUCCAGAUCCUCAUCGUCUCUACUCCAACACUCGUGUAUCUGGGCCACGUCCUGCUGGUGAUUCGCAGAGAAAACAAGCUUAGGAGACGCCUGGUGCAGAAACUCUGUAAGAACGGGAUGAUUAAAGCGCCUAAGUAUUCAGAUAUACAUGGCAAAGUGCAGCUCAAGGGCAUCCUGCUGGUCAGCUACAUGAUGCAGCUGCUGUUCAAGGUCCUGCUUGAAGCGGGAUUCAUUGUGGGCCAGUACUACGUCUACGGCUUCAUACUUAUGCCUCAUAACAUCUCAUAUUCCGACUACCCCUGUCCGUCACCGGUACUCUGCUUCAUAAGUCGUCCCACAGAGAAAACCAUCUUCAUUGUCUUUAUGUUGGCGAUGGCCGUCCUCUCUGUGAUCCUCAACAUCGUGGAGAUGCUCCACCUGAUGAUCUCAAAGAUGACGAAGAAGAGGAGCAGUGGCUCAGAGAUGUACACUCUCAAUAAACCUGAUCACACUUUAACUGAGGAAGUUACACCUUGUUGAAGGACUGUGACCAGAGUUAGGACCUUUGCUUCAAUGUUGUAGGAUAUAAAUAUUGAGGGCAGUCACAUCCUGUUUUGAAUUGUGUAUCUUGU